GAUUCGGCUUGUAAUGUGUAAAUACAUUGUUGUCAGACGAAACUGCAGUAAACAUGUUUUUGUAGCCCUGUAAUUGGCUAGCUAGGGCGUUUCUGUCAUCCUGGCACUGAAUUUUUAAUGUGCGACCCCUUUGGCAUCGCUGUCGGAGGAGAGAGUGAUGAGCUCCGGGGCUGUGGAUUCGUCCCAGUGGCUGUCGGUGAAGGAGGAGACCAUUUUCCUCCACGAUGGACUCAUUCGGGUCACAGAUCUGGCCGAACUGCCCAGUGAAAUUGGAGUGUCGGAGCAAGGGGACACCGAGCAAGAGAUUUUAACGUUUGAGACUAAGAAUCCCAUAGAGCUGGCAGAACGUCUCCGAGCUGUGUGUGGAAACCAGAGUAAUGCGUACGCACGUCUGUUGGAGUACCGCCUCAAUGCCCUGCGUGGCCUGUGGGGGGCGCAGAGGCAGCUGGCCCUGGAGGAGCAGCAGGAGCGUGAAGGCACAGGUGGUGCUGAUGAGGAGACCUUGGCCUUGUUAAAAAGACAAGGUCUGCUCCAGCAGCCCGAGCAGGCCCCUUUCACCUCCCGCGUGGGCCUGCUCCUCGUCUUCCCCCUCCUGCAGUCUCAGACUCGUAGUGACCCUGCUCUGUGUGGUGUCACUGCAGAGGUGCUACUGGCCUGUUUGAGGGACUGCCAACCUCUCAGCCUCAGUAAAGAGCCCACAGACUGUCUCAAUGGCCUGGAGGGACUGCUUUGCUCCUGGUUGGAAGAUGGCUUUCAAGAGCAGGAACAGUCGCAGCCACAGAGUCUUCACUCACCCAGGCAAAGGGAGAAUGCUGCAGCUGCUUUAGUGGCACUAGCUUGUGCCAGGGGUUCUCUGAAGACGUUCAUUCACACAGUUCAUUUGCUGCAGAAACAAACUGAUCUAGGACAGCUCCCUGUGUCCGAUGUCUUGUACAGGCUUUUACUUCUGGAAGGAGGCCCAGGUUCACCAUCCUGCCUGUUGGGUGGGAAACAUGCUGUUUCAUGGGGUUUUGAGGACUUGUUACCUACCCCAGAUAACUCUGCAGGCGGUGGAGAAAAUAAAGACACUGACCUGGGCCGCUGUCUAGCCACAGACGGCCUAUAUCUGUACACCACCAACUCCUCUGGGAGAGGACUCAGCAAGCUUGGCUCUGGUUUACAUGGGACACUGAGGGGUUUUGUGUAUUGUCGAAAUGAAGAGCUUGAGCCAGGCUGGGUGGUGUUCUGCAGCGGGCACCUCCUCCACCGACCUUUGUCCUUUGAUGCCAAGCCUCAUCAGCUUUGCCAAGUCAUUGACCCCUACACACUACAGGUGUGCCAGAUUGUGCCCAUGCCAGCCCAUCACUUCCCUGUUGGCAGUAGUUUAACCACUCUGCACCUCUGUUCAGAUGGGACCUACCUGUACUGGGUCUGGUCACCAGCCAGCCUCAAUGAAAAAACUCAAAAAGGACACUCUGUUUUUAUGGAUGUCUUUCACCUCUCUACACAGACAGGGCUGUGUGUUGCAGAUGUCCUGCAGGAGAGGGUAAUUCUCACUCGCAAAGAAGGCGAAUCUUCAAAGUGCUUGAAUGAUCUACUCCUUAGUCGAAUGUCACGCUUUCGGGCCUCCCACUCUGCCACUUUGGCUGCCCUCACAGGCUCUGCCAUCACCAACACAGUCAAAGAGGAACAAUCUGCUGUCAACACUAGCUGUGGACUUCCUCUAAAGACUCUGAGGAGGACACCCAUGUAUGUGUGUGGAACGUAUCUUGUCAUGCUAGUUUCACCUCCUGGUGUGUCUGGAAGUUCAGCAACACGGUCUCUGUUCGGCGGCACCAGCAGCUUAUCCUCUCUCAAAAUACUAGCCUCAAGUCUAAUUUUUAACUUGGCUGAUGGUCAGUUCAGCAGCCGUGCGGACUUGAUUGAUGCUCCUGGCAGUUCUCUUGGAAGGGGGGCCCAAGUAACCGGCCUUGGAGCUAGCUAUGAUGCAUUGAACAAUUUGAUAUGGACCUGCUCCAGUGAUUACAUAGAUCAGUGGUACAACCCUGGAAACCAAGCCUUUCAUCAUGUGUGCCACAGGCUUGGAGUCAGUCAUAUCAUCAAAGAACCCAAAGAUGAGAUGGUGACAACGGGUGAAGUGAUCAACCAGCUACUUCAUCACAUAGGUGCCAUGUGCAUACACCAGCUGAACUUGCUUGCCGCCAGUAGCAACAGUUUGCCCCUAGGUGCUUUAUUGGGCAAACAGCAUCCCAUUGAGGCGCGGCACUUCAGCAGCAUCUGUGACAUAAUGGAGAGGGCCAUGGUGAAUGGAGACACUUGCAUAAUUCGCUGCAUCUUAGUGGUGUUUCAGGUGGUAUUCAAAUUUUACAAUCCACAAUCAGAGCAGAAUAGAGAAAGUUUACGUCGGUCGAGUCUACUUUUGUGGCAGCUACUCAUGGCUCCUGUGGAUCAGAUUAGGGCAGAAAUCCAGAAAGAGGUGUGCCUAGCUAUCAGCUCUGGCCUGAAUACCCUGUAUCAGGGCGAGGCAGAACUUAAUAAACUUCUUAAAUUAGUUCUCACCGAAGGAGAAAGAAACAGCGGUCUCUCCCAGCUUCGCGAUGUCAUUCUUACAAAUUUAGCAGAUCAGCUGCAGAAGAAUCGAUUUGGCAGUGAAGAAGAUGAACAUUACAGACUAAGUGAUGAGCUGUUGCAUUGCAUUCUCAAGACUGUUGUUCGUGAAUCUUGCCUUCUCAUAACCAAAUGUCAGACUGUUGCCAGAGAUGACUUCCAGAAGCUGCUUUCUACUGUUCCUGUGGUUUCACCUUGUCUCCGCUACCUCAUGGCAGUUCAAAACCACCUCCUCAGUAACACUAUUCUAAUCCGUCCUGAUGAUAAUGAUGACAGUGACAGCUCACUCCAAGGGGAAACAAUGAAGGUACAGGAGCUGCAAAGUAGUAUCCUCUCUCUGGCAACCAAAAUUCUUGUCAGUUGUGAUCAGGUUUUGGAAACUCUACAGCAAGUGACUACUGCUCUUAUCAACAGUGAAAUCACUGACAGAGAAACCAGGCUAAAAGGUCUAGAACAAGUGACAAAGGCGACCAUGCUGGGGCACCUGCUCCCUGUUUUACUGACCUCAUUGAUGCAUCCUAACCUGCAGACCCUUACUCUCGCUGAUGCCCUGAUGCCUCAGCUAGUUCAGCUUGUUCUCUAUACCAGUCAGACUGCUCUUUUACUGAAAACUCAGGCGCCAUUGUUCUCUGAGGAAACAUCACCUACAGUUAGUUGUCCAGGGGCCAAGGCCGGUGUAUCUGACGACAAGAUUCUUGAUGAACGUGAGGAACCUGGAUUUCUAACCGGGUUAAAGAUUCCUGCCCCUUGGGCUGCUGGGAAGACUGUUGAAACUGUACAUCCAGUACGAGACAAUUAUAAGUUUAAGGAGACUGUACACAUCCCUGGAGCACGCUGUCUGUACCUGCGGUUUGACUCUCGCUGCUCCUCACAAUAUGACUAUGACAAGUUGGUCAUUUAUGCAGGGCCCAACACCAACAGUCGUAAAGUUGCAGAGUAUGGAGGAAACACUCUGGGUUAUGGCAGUCGCAGUGUAUUGGGUACCGGCUGGCCCAAAGAUCUUGUCAAGGUUGAAGGUGACACUGUAACCUUUUCCUUUGAAAUGAGGAGUGGACGUGAGCACAACACUCCUGAUAAAGCCAUGUGGGGAUUCUCCUGCACUGUCAGAGCCCAGGAGUCAUCAGAGGAUGUCUCUGGCGGUCUUCCAUUCUUGGCAGAUCUGGCACUGGGUUUGUCAGUGCUAGCUUGCUCAAUGCUUCGGAUUUUAUAUAAUGGGCCAGAAGUGACAAGAGAGGAAGAGACCUGCCAUGAUUUGCUGUGCUCAAAGCUACUGCAAAGGUGCCAAUGGCAAGUUGAGGCCAAUGGUGCCAUUUCUCCAGCCCUCACUCCCAGUCCCUCACCUCUACCUCCAACCAUUGAAGAGGAUCAGGAGUUUACUUACCCAUCAGAUGCGCUCGUCCCACCUCCAGGUCUUAUGCCAGGAUCCUAUUUUGAUUUGCCUCGUAUUCGCCUGCCUCCAGGGAUCAUGACGAGGCUCCGAGAAGUGUCAGGAAGAGCUCGCCCACAGUUCCGGCCAAGUAUCAAAGAGGUGAUCAGACCAGAUGUUAUGGAGGAAGUUAUUGUAUCAUGUGUAAUAAAACAUCUCAGCCUGGUGGAUGCGCUUCAGUCAUUAGUCAAUUAUCAGUACCGUGAAGAUCAUGCUGAAGAAUAUGACCUAGUGUGCAAGAUCAUGGCUGAAACCUUUAAGAAGAUUAAUGCAAUGGAACGGCAGCUGCAGAGUGUUGCAGAACUGGAACAAAAGUGGCAGAAUGAGGUAGAGGAGGCUCAGCAGGGCAAGCUGGAAAACAACACACCAUUCUUCCAUGACUAUCAUUUUUUUGAGAACAAAAUUAAGGAACUGGAGCUUCUCUGUUCCCUGAAGGAGAUCCCUCUUGAUUUUAGUGAUUUAGAAAAUGUUGUCCUUGCACUAAGAGAGAAGUUCUUUCAAGAGGUCAACAGUCUGCACCUUAGAAAUAUUACCCCUCUGGCUAAAACAAAAGCACUUGUAAAAAGCGUAAUGAACCGCACUGAACUUCUGCUUCAUGUCACAAUUGCGCCGCAUUGUCGAAGCGUAACAACCACACCUGCUGGUACACCAGGGCCAGCUUCUAAAUCUGUGUCAGAUGCCAAAACUGUUAUCCCUGUGGUAAAGCAACCAGUCUUCCUGCGCAGCAUGUCUGCUCCCUCUGACCUUGAGAUGAUUGCUAAUCAAGAUCUUGAGUUUACUCAUCCACCACAAAGGAGAAGACACCAUCCAACAAGUCACCGCAGCAGCUCCUUUACUCUCCUACAGUCCCUUGCUGUAGAAGAUAGUCGUGACAAACCAACCUAUAGUGUGCUGCUUGGCCAGUUGUUUGCGUUUAUUGGGACUACUCCAGAUCAAGCUGUGUCAAGCAGUAUUUUCCUGUCUGCUGCCCAGACCCGGUGGAAACGAGGCAGCACCCGCAAGCAGGCUCUUGUUCAUAUGAGAGAGCUGCUGACGGCCGCUGUCAGAGUUGGAGGAGUUACACACCUGGUGGGGCCAGUCACUAUGGUUCUGCAGGGGGGUCCACGGAUUGAGGAGUUGACCUGCGGAGGAAUGGUGGAGCAGGUGCAGGACGCUUUUGGAGAGACCAUGACAUCUGUAGUUUCACUGUGUGCUCGCUACCCCAUUGCUUGUGCUAAUAGCAUUGGAUUGCUGUGUACAAUUCCCUAUACAAGGAGUGAAGAGCAGUGCCUAGUUCGCAGUGGUCUUGUCCAGCUCAUGGAUAGACUUUGCAGCCUCAGUGGUCAGAGAGAAUGCAGCUCCAAUGAAAAGCAAACCAAAAAGCAGAAAGUAGCCACAAUGGCCUGGGCUGCCUUUCAGGUUCUUGCCAACCGUUGCAUUGAGUGGGAGAAGGUUGAAGGUGGCUCUACAGAUGCAGUGCACUCUGGUUUAGCGCGACAGGUGUCGAGCUUGCUAACUAAUCACCUGGCCAGAGCCACAGAGUGCUGUGGCAAUCAAGCAGCUGGCAAUGAUGCCUUACAAGAUGUUCUCAGUCUACUAAAUGACCUCUCUAGGAGCCACAUUGGAAAAGCUAUUUUGAGCCAGCCUGCAUGUGUAUCAAAGCUGUUGUCUCUGCUGCUUGACCAGAGACCUUCUCCAAAGCUAGUUCUUAUCAUACUACAACUCUGCAGAGCUGCUCUGCCUCUUAUGAGUGUGGAGGACUGUGGAAAUGUGGCCCUGCCAUCAUGGAGCUACUCUAUUAACACUCUAGAUGCAGAGCAACAAGAUGCCAAUGACCCAGCUUCACGGAUUGCUGCUUUGCUAUUGGCUAAACUAGCUGAUUAUGUAGUGCCAGGCUGCCAAACUCUACUCUCUCCCAGCUCUUCGGAGCCUGACACAAGUUUAACUCGAGCAAGUUCCAAAGGUGCUUUGAAGUCUGAAGAUGCUGGGGAGGAGGGUGAAGCUGUUGAUGGCAAGCUAUCAAUAUUUAUUCACAAGAGGGAAGACCAGUCAUCUCAUGAAGUCUUACAGCCACUUCUAAGCAGUUCAGAGGGACGUCCAUUUCGAUUAGGUACUGGAGCAAAUAUGGAAAAGGUGGUAAAAAUGGACAGAGACAUGACAAAGAAUGGCUGUUGUGAGGUAAUCACUGAGGAGGCGUCUGCUGCCCUGAGGAAAGCCAACAAAUGGGCCCAGUCUGGUCUCAUCGUUAGUGUAGGGCCACCUGUGGAAGCUUUGGCCCAGGAGACAGCUGGAGGCAUCACCUCUGGGGACAAGAAGAAAACAGCACAAACAGCUGUGUGUAGGGACCGCAAUGCUGAUCUAGCUAGAUCUGACCCUGUGAGGCCUUUCAUAAGUGGGCAUGUUGCCAACAGUAUGGCUGCCGAGGUCAUUGCUUUGCUACACAGUCUGCUUACUGCUCCUGAGUCCAACACUGCUCAGAUCUGGACGAGCACAGCUGAAAAGGUGCUUUCCAGGGCUCUGAUGUUUAUCCCCCAGCUUGGGAAGUACGCUGAGAGUAUUUUGGAAAAUGGUAGUAGCAGUGCCAGGAAACUGGCUAAGCUUCAAGCCAUUGGCAGACAGGCAGUUGCUGCACUCUGUGCCCUGGGUGGCUUCAAAGAAACUAUUAAGAUUGGCUCUGAAGUCCAGGUGCUUGGUAAAGGUGUGAUGGGCAGUGUUGGUAUAGUUAUGUCUAUUAAUGAACAAGAGGGUAUUGCAACUGUCAGGUUCCCUUCAUCUGAAUACAGAAAAGCUUGCAAAUCCAGUGACAUCCUAACAGUACCAAUAUCACGCCUGUGUACUCCCCGAUCAGAGGCUCUUCCACUUCACAAGUUAUCAAUCACAGAAAAAGUGGUCCAAGCAGUGCAGUCAAUGUUAUUGCCACAAGAGGGCAGUCUCUCUAUACACACUUCACUGCCAGCUACAGGGGAUGGAUCCAGUCCAGUUAUGGCUGCAGUGCGCCUACUGGCUGAAAUUAGAACAAGGGCAUGUCUUGUCAUGGCACAGCUUCUUGAAGACAGUUCUUUUUGUGAAGAGUUUAUCCAGCAGUGCCCUGCUGCUGUUGAAGUCCUUAAUUUAGUUGCUCAGGAGUGUAGCCCCGGGGAGCGACUUUGUAUGGUUGAAGCCCAAUGUGAAAGAGUAAGAAUGCUCUAUAGAGAUUGUGCAAGACCCCCUCCUCCUCCACUACAAACUGACAGACGUCAGCCAAAAGAAAUAACAUGGUGUCCAUCCCGAGUGUUCCCUCCAGUGCGAGCCUGUAUGUUUUCCUCUCGCCUGACCUCGGUGACCUUCCUGGCUGAUCCAAGUGCUGGUGGAGGGCUGCCCAGAGGGACAUUUAUUUAUGCUACAUCGCCUGUUCCUGUUCAGGCUCCAUCAUUUUACUGGGAAAUUGAGAUUGUCUCCUAUGGAGACUCUGAGGAAGACAGUGGCCCUAUUGUGUCCUUCGGUUUUGCCACAGAGGCAGAAAAAAGAGACGGUGCAUGGACCAAUCCAGUUGGCACAUGCCUCUUUCACAACAAUGGCCGAGCCGUACAUUAUAAUGGUUCCAGCCUUCUCCAGUGGAAAAGUGUUAGAUUGGAUGUGGCAUUACUUCCUGGUGAUGUGGCCGGAAUAGGCUGGGAGAGGUCUGAAGGAACUCCUCCACCCCCUGGACAGGCCCCUAAAGGAAGGGUCUACUUCACUUACUGUGGUCAACGACUCGGGCCAGUGCUUGAUGAUGUUGCAGGUGGCAUGUGGCCCCUGGUGCACAUCCAGAAGAAGAAUGCAAAAAUUCGUGCCAACUUUGGAAGCCGGCCAUUUGCGUAUGCAGAAGGCCAAGCACACAGGAAUGCUGCAGAUCUGUGUGUGGACCUAGCUGAGGAAAUAAGUGCCAAUUUUGAAGCACUUCCAUUUGCAAUGGCUUCAGACAGUGAUAAUGAUGCAGGGGCUAGUGUUACAUCAGACUCUGGGUCUCAUGGGCCACCAUGCCGGAUUGCGGCUGUUGCAGUUACUCAGCAACAGUACAACAGUGACCUGUCAUGUCAUUACAAAGUAGAACUGAGUUAUGAGAAUUUGGUCACCUCAGGGCCAGACCCACAUCCUCCCCCUAUUGCUGAUGAUGAAAGUGAUGAUGAGGAUGAUGAUGAUGUCCCUAGAGAAGAUCACUAUGCCUUGUUGGUUAAAGCCUGGGAGACCAAAGUAUUUCCAACGAUUCGUAGGCGGUUCCGCAAUGAAGCUGAAAGAAAAUCUGGACUUGAUCAGAUCAAAGGAGCUCUGCAGCUUGGUAUGGUUGACAUAGCAAGGCAGACUGUUGAAUUUCUCUAUGAGGAGAAUGGGGGUAUUCCUCGAGAUCUCUAUCUCCCUACUAUUGAGGACAUCAAAGAUGAGGCCAACAAGUUUACCAUUGAUAAAGUUCGCAAAGGCUUGACUGUCGUCAUCCGUUGCCCAGACAGCAACAACACCAGCAGCACAAUUGGAGGAACCGCAUUGCCAAAAUUUGCCAUCCGAGGGAUGCUGAAAACAUUUGGACUACAUGGAGCAGUGCUAGAUGUAGAUUCUGUAAAUGAGCUGGUACAAGUUGAAACAUACCUCCGCAGUGAGGGUGUGUUGGUCAGAUAUUGGUAUCCAAUUGAGAUGCUUGAACGCCCACCUGCAGGAUCUCGAAGGACUGCCUCCAAUGGCUUAGUCUCACUUGACUCGAGCAACAUUCAGAUUCACAGGGAGCUACUGCGAUGUGAAAGUGCUCUAGCUCGCCUGUACUGUAGAAUGGCCUUGCUCAAUAUUUUUGCUCCCAAGAAUCCCCACACUUUCACACGUCUUUUUCAUAUUCCUGCUAUUCGUGACAUUACUCUGGAACACUUGCAACUUCUGUCUAAUCAGCUGCUGGCACCACCUUUGCCUGACGGCACUAUUAGCUCUAACUCAAUCCUGCUGGCCCAGUCACUGCUUCAUAACCUCCAGAGUCAGAGCUGCUCCCCUACUGACUUAUUUUAUCAGGGCAAUGCUCAGCCUAUUUGUGAGUGGUUGACUGUGGCCAUCACCCGUGCCUUACAUCAAGGAGAAGAAAGCCUCCUGGAGCUCACCAAGCAAAUAUGCUGUUUUUUACAGAAUGCUCCAGAGCAGUUCACAUCUGAAGAGUUUCCUGUGGCUGAGUCAAAAGUUAGCAUGGAUGUCAGUUUUCCUGGGGCAGCCUUUGUAAUUGUCUCUUGUAAGGAAAGCCAACUUGGAUGCCGCAAAGACUCUAGCCUAUACAAGGCUCCCUGGGCACGGGUCAUGGUGUAUGGCCAGGGUCAUAAAGUACGCCGUAAUGGUCAGUUGAAUUUGAUGGAGGCAGUCUGUUAUCCUCUGGAUGCAUCACCAACCAACACAGGCCUCACCCCUCCACCAACUACAAAUCAGUUCCCCUCUGUUCUCAUUCCCACUGAUAAAGUACACGUCAAAUUAGGAGUGUCUCCUCCUCCUGGUGCUGUUUUGGUUUUGCAUUCCCUACCUCUUGAGUUUCCUUUGGCCAUGGCAUUUGCAGAGCAACUGUUGACAUGGAAGCUUGUGGAAGGCAGCGAGCGAUCAGAGGAAGAGUUAGACACAGUACCUUCUUCUGUCUUACUACAAGUUGUAGAACUUUUAGGUGGUUUAUUGUGGACUACUGAUCUGGCUCCUUCAAUCAAAGAACUAAUUUUUCACUUACUGGCUGAACUUUUGAGGAAGAUCCACCAUUUAGAGCAGCGCAAGAGUCCCGCUGGUCUUUCCAGCUCCAUUGCUCUGUUGCUCAAUCCUUGCCUCGCAGUACUAAUGGCUUUGCAGACAGAACUGAGGAAGCUGUAUGACAGAGAGACUCAGGGUUGGACAGCUGGAGGCGCUGGCCCUGGGGCUUCCUCCUCAGCAGGAAUUUCAUUGGCUCUGGGUGCAGAGCAGAGCCGCUUCUCCACCUACUUCCAUGCUCUGAUGGAAGUUUGUCUGGCUGUGGCUGAAGUGACAUUACCACUCAGUGUUGGUGGUUCAUCUGUUGGACCCUUGUCCUCUACCAGUGCACCAAACCUCAGUGACUCCUCAUCUUCAUCAUCAUCAUCCCCUGGCCAAACACCUCAGAGCCCAAGCCUUUUGUCCAAACGGAAGAAGGUUAAGUUGAAGCGGGAGAGGGCUGCUGCAGCGGUGGCAGCUGCGGUCUGUGGGAAACGUGGAAGCGGAGGUGCCCGUCUCUCUGAAAGUGACAGUGCUCUGUUAAACAUGGCAGGAAGCAAACCUGAGGACUUGCUCUGGUUCCAUCGCUGCCUCACUCUCUUAAUGAUUCUACGACAUCUGGUCAACAAAGACCCUCAGGGCCUGAGUGUGACCAGUGAUGCAGUGACCGAUGCCUGCCAGGCUUUGGUGGGACCCACUGCCCACACUCGCCUCUUAGUGCUUUCUGGUAUUCCCACUCACCUAGAAGAGGCAGUAGUGCGUAAUGCCAUUCGCAGGGCUUGCAAUGGACAUGGAGGACUGUUUAAAGAUGAAAUCUUUAUCCCUCUGCAAGAGGAGGAUCUAAGUAAACCAAAAACUGUUGCUGCAGUCUUAAGCCCAUCAGAUGGUAAAACGGUUCCUGAACCAGAACGUAGUUUUCCAAACACUGGAGUCCCUGAGAGCCCAGACAGCUCCAGCAGUGUCACUCCUGCGAUGAGUGUGAGUGCCUCUGCCUCGACGAGCCAGACCUCCAUCUGCAGCUCUUCUCAGGGAGUGUCCCGCACUGCCAGUGAGCUCUCUGUGGACCAGGACAUGUCAGCAGCUCCUGCUCCUACUCCAGCAGCAGCUGCCUCCGCUGUUCCAUAUCCCCAGCAAGGACCACAGGACCCCCAGACUGUGUCCAGUCAGGAGAGUCUCGAUAUUUCACUCACAAGUACUGGAAGUCUGGGAAGUCUUGGCAGUUUAGGGGAGCCUGUCGACACUGCAGAAACGCCAUCAUUGUCAGAAGGGGGCUCUAUGCAAACGGUGGCCUCAAUUGAAAGCAACACAGUCAUGUCCAGGCCUAUAAAAGGAUAUGCUGUCAUUGAGGUACGCUCUCGAGCCAAAGUGGAAAAAAUACGUGCAAGUCUUUUUAACAGCAGUGACUUAAUUGGCUUGUCAAGUCUUGAAGGGGAGGAGGAGCUCAUGGAAUUGACCAAUGAGGAGAUCUUAACUGCUUCCAGUGUUAACCAAAGUUUGUUUGAUACACAAGGAAGCUCUGCUCUUGAGGAUUAUUUUUUAGACAAAUCAAUUAGAGGGGACAAGCUUGUACCUGGAGCCAGAGAUGUUCUUAUAGACAUUUUUAAAAGUUGUGUGCAUUCAGAGCAGAUGCUUAGCCUCACACCAACCAAACCAAUCAAAGUGUCAGAUAUUUAUCUCAGCAAAGAGCAAAUCAACUCUCAGACCCCUGGCAACCUGCUGCACACAUUUUUCACCAAUGUCCGUUCUCCUAAAAAAGUCCUUGAAGACCAGCUAACGCAGAUUUUGCGAAAAUAUGGUACUCCCAAACCAAAUAAAAACAAGUAUAACAAAGCUGGAAAAGAGCAGCAUCAAGGCAAGGUAGUUAGCACAAAGAGGCCAAUCACCAAACCACCUACCAAAGAGAAGUCUGUACUCAACAGUGUGAGAACUGCACUAAGUGAAAAGAAGGCUGUUUUAAAGCCUAAAUCUCCAGAGAAAUGUAAACCUGAUGAAAAAGACUUGGACAAAUCUCCUGCCAAAAAACCUGAAGUUUCUGAAGAAAAAUUUUUGACACUGGAAGGCUUCCAUAAGUUUGCUGUUGACCGGGCCAAACAGGACAUUCGCAGCGUUUGGAGGGCAAUUUUGGCUUGUGGAUAUGACCUUCACUUUGAAAGAUGCACAUGCAUGGACACACGGCAUGCCCAAAAGGCCUCUCGAAAGUGGACUUUAGAGAUGGAUGUUGCAUUAGUCCAGUACAUCAACAGACUCUGUCGUCACUUGGCUAUCACACCGGCCAGGCUGCACCCACAUGAAGUUUACCUGGACUCCAGUGAUACUGCUGAUCCACGUGUGACCUGUCUGUUAAAUGUACCAGUGGAAAGCCUACGUUUGCGAUUCGCUCUGCUCCAGUCUCUGAACAACACUCUGGAGAGCUUCUUCCUACCUCUUGUGGAGUUGCGACAAACUCAUACCUAUCAAAACAGCAUUGCCGCAUUGCUAUGUGAAGCCAAAGGCUUAAUAUUUUAUGACACUAAAGUCACAGUUAUGAACAGAGUCCUAAAUGCUACUGUACAGCGAACAGCUGACCAUGCAGCUCCUGAAAUAUCUCUGGACCCUCUGGAGAUUGUUGGAGGUGAGAUCAGAUCUUCUGAGAACACAUAUUUCUGCCAAGCCGCACGGCAGCUAGCUUGUGUCCCAUCCUCUCAGCUCUGUGUAAAACUGGCCAGUGGAGGAGACCCAACAUAUGCCUUCAACAUCCGCUUCACUGGAGAGGAAGUUCAUGGCACAAGUGGCUCCUUUAGACACUUCCUAUGGCAGGUCUGUAAGGAACUACAGAGUUCUGCUCUUUCCCUGUUGCUUCCAUGUCCAAGUGCUGCAGCCAACCGGAACAAGGGAAAGUACAUCUUGACUCCCUGCCCCAUCAGUUAUUCAGAGGAACAGCUGCUCCACUUUUUUGGUCAGCUGCUGGGCAUUGCCAUACGAGCAGAUAUCCCGCUCCCAUUAGACUUACUGGGCUCUUUCUGGAAGGGUUUGGUGGGUGAGAGCCUGGACGCAGAGCACGACUUACAGGAAGCAGAUGUUCUCACAUACAAUUUGGUUCAAAAGUUUGAAAAUGUUAGUGACGAAGUUGAGUUGGAAGCACUCUGCGCAGAGAUCUCUUCCCAGCACCAUUCAGGUGAAAGUCCAGACUCCCCAAGCCGGCCGUGCUGCACUUUUACGUAUUUCACGAUGAGCGGUGAAGAGGUGGAGCUGUGCCAGGGUGGUCGCAACCUCACUGUCAGUUGGGAAAAUAAGGAUAUGUACGCCCGUGCUGUGAGGAACCUUCGUCUGAGAGAGCUACAGAAUCUUGAGUGUAUGACAGCUGUGCGCGCAGGACUGGCCUCUAUCAUCCCUCUUCAGCUGCUCACUAUGCUCAGUCCAUUUGAGGUGGAGCUGCGCACCUGUGGCCUGCCUUACAUCAACCUGGAGUUUCUGAAGGCUCACACUAUGUACCAGGUGGGUCUGAUGGAAACUGAUCAGCACAUUGAGUUCUUCUGGACAGCACUUGAGAUGUUUACACAGGAGGAGCUUUGCAAGUUCAUCAAGUUUGCCUGUAACCAAGAGCGAAUCCCCUUCACCUGCCCCUGCAAAGAUGGAGGCCCAGACACAGCACAUGUUCCUCCUUAUCCCAUGAAGAUUGCGCCUCCUGAUGGAGCAGCAGGUCAACCUGACUCUCGCUAUAUCCGAGUGGAGACCUGUAUGUUUAUGGUCAAACUGCCUCAGUACACGUCUUUAGACGUGAUGCUGGAGAAACUCCGGUAUGCCAUUCACUAUCGUGAGGAUCCACUCAGCGGCUAAGAGAACUUGAUGAUGGAGUCAUUUUCCACUGUACUUAAAUUUUGGUCAACAGUUUUCCUUUUUUUAGUUUUAUGCUGCUUUUGGCUUAUUUUGGCCUAUUCUGCUAUUUCAAAGCUUAAAACAGUUAAGUUUUUUAUAUAAAAUUCAGGGAAGACUAUUAACAUUGGCACUGCAGAUGUGAUUGUUCUGGUUGCACUGAGUAUGAGAACACAAGUAUUAUUUUUUUAUUUCACUUGAUUUCCAUGAAUUGAAAUGUGACGAGAUGAGACCAGUUGUUCUUCUGCUGCAAAUGUCACAAACACAAGAAGAACAUUAAACUGUGACUGGUCUCUGUACUAUUAAGAUGUUGCUGUGAAUGCAGUCACUAACUCUAUUACUCUCAAAGCUUGAUCUAGCUGCCUCCCUUUGGCCCCCUUUUAGGGGCUGAUGUUCAGUGAUUUGCCUUUGCUUUUGGGGCCUCUGUGAACAUAAUGAAAGUCAUACAAAGAUGUGAAACUGAGAUAUUAGUGAAGAAGGGACUGUGGUGCUGCAUACUCUGAUCAGCUCUAAUGCUGUACAUUAUAUUACACUGUUGUUGCCUGUUUUAAAUACAGUAUCUAUUGCUAAAUGUAUGCCUAAACUAAAACAUUUUAUCCAAAUCUCAACAAAUAUUCAAUUAGUAUUAUAUAGUAAAUCGCUCUUUUAAUAUCCAAGCAUUUAGGCAGCAUAGUGAGUAUGACUGAAAGGACAUACAGUAGGUGUUCUACUUGCAUUUCCGGUUUCAAAACAGUGCUGCAUUUUGACGUGAGGAAAAUAUCUUUUCAGCUACUUUUAAUUACUGUUUUGUGCUUCUGCUACUGAAUGUGUAAAAUGUACCUGCUCUGCUCCCUAAUCUACAUACAUCUGAUUGGAGCAGUGGAUGAGGUUUGGUUCUGCCUUUUUCUAAAAAUAGGAAAAGUAUUCUGAUAUUUUGUUUUUUUCUCACCAUAACCAAACAUUUAGCUGUGUACAAAUUUAUUAGUACAUUAAUGUAUAUAGACAAAGGUCAUGUUUGGCGGUUUUUAUUAAUUGCUAUUACUUUACCUAUGUCUAUUUUUGUUUGCACUACCCUUCCAAGAAAAAAAUGAACAAACUAUGUGGUGAGCAUCUAGUUUGUUUUUAUUAUUUUUGGGAUAUUGAGUCAUUUAAUUAUCACCUUGUGUCUUGUAUUUUCAAUUUAUUUUUUUUCUGCUUAUGGUGAAAAAAGAUUUUCUUGUGAAGUCACUUUUUAAAUUUUGCUGAAAACACAGAGUUGAUAUUUGAUCUAUUAUGAGUUGAUGUGUUGCCUGCGGAUUUGGUUCUCUUCUUUUGAAGGGUGUAGGCCGCUGCUAACAGAUACGCUCUUACUCUUCUGCUUUUUUGUUCUGGGCAGGAGUGGCUACACUAAAUAAAGGACAUAUCCAUACAAAGAUGUUGCGAUAAAUUGUGUGCUGUACAUUUAUGUGAUAUUUAUUACAAUUAUUUAUGGUUGCAUUAACUUAACUUUUACUGUCUUACCUCUGCACAUCAGAAGCUUAACAUAUCUAAAAUGGAUUAUACAGAUGUAAACAAUGAGAUGGCAUUUGAGAUUUCUGUGUCACAAUAAAGAAAUGUCUACAUGUUAAA